AUGCGUAGCGCAGCAGUUCUGAACUUCGGUCCACGCCUCGGCGCCGCGCAGCAGCGCCGCAGCGCCGCAGCGCCGCUCGCAGGGCUUGUUCAGUUGGCACUUCCUACAAGCCAUUUGUUGAGAGAUCUGUGGAGAUCAGUGCCAUCCUUCAAGAGAUCAAUGACACAUGAGCGAGUGCUUGAGUUGUCCCCAUCGGACAACACGGCAGAUCCGCUGGAGUGGAAUGCAGAUUGCUGGAUGCCACAGAUGGAGCUACUGGGAAGAGCUGGGAAGACCUACUGGGAGCACCUACUGGGAGGCGCGAGGAGCAUCAUGAGACCAUCUGAGAAGCCAGCAUCAUGA